AUGGCCUCCCAGGACCUACAGCCCGAAGCAGCUCGACUGUGCGAGGAACGGGUGAUACGAUGGUUCCUAGUUUCGGCGGUUCUGACGAGCUGGAAGAACCUUGUUUACAGCAACCAUCUAUUGCCUUGGGCUCAAGCCUGGCUGACUGGGACGUCAACAAAUAGGUACCACUACCAACCGAACCUCUCCGGAUGGACCUUCAAGCAGGCCGUGAGCUUCGGCUUCAAGAGUGGCGCCUUCGGCGGCGUCGCCCUUGUAGGUGUUCUCUUCUAUGCCUCCGGAAUCCCGCGGGUAAAGCGGGACAUCCUGGAGAAGAUACCCCUCAUCGGCGGCUACUUCGCCCCCAAAGAGAUCCCGGCCUCGGAUAGCGUGAGCCACCCGCCCCCCUUCGUCGUGUUCAUCUUCUUUUUCAUAAGUCUGCCUACCUGA